UCCACCUCUGACUCUCUCAUCACUUCUCUGGCUCAGAGUCUCAGGCUACUCGGACUUUUAUACCGAGGCUAAAUUUAGGGGGCUGGCCGGUGCGCUGCGUCCUCAUCCUGGACGCACUUCCUUCCCCCAGCCUCGCAUUGGUCUGAUUUGGGCUGUGAACGAUAUUUAUAAGAAAAGCAGCUCUCUCCAGACACACAGCUGCACCAGAGAGGAGCGGCAGCUCAUCGGACAAGGCGCUCUCUAGUUUUUCCCUGGAAACUCUGCGGACCCUGGUGAUUUUCUUUAAACAGAGAACGUGGUAUUUUUCAGUAUUUAAGGAAGUUUUUUUUUUUACUUUUUUCAUUUGAAACGCAUGGAAAUGGCCUUGAGUGGGACCAUUUUACCAUCAAUCUCUACAUUUGCCAACCAGAAGGAGAAAUGUUGGGAAGAUAGGUGGAGCAGCGUCACAGCCAGCAUGAGCAGCUGCCUGGGACGAAAAGACGACGAGGACCUGGAUAAGUUCUUGGAUCUUGAGUUUAUUCUCUCUAACAGCACCGUCUCUGACUGUGCGCCAGCAGCAGGAACGGGGGCAGAGUCAUAUCGGCUCCAGGAGUCCGAGGCAUCUGUGUACCAGCAGCAGCAGCAGCAGCAGCAGCCAAGGAUGCCCCAGCAGCCGGCCAGCUACACAUCUGUCCCAGACAUGAACAGCCCUCCUCCGCCUUACAGCAGCCUGAUGGCGGAGCUCCUUCGCUCCGAUGUGGACACCAGCUUCCUCCCCGGGAACAGCUCCAGCAUCCAGGGCAGAUUCUUGAUCAGUUCGUCGCCUUUUCAGACUUCUCAGGACUUAUUCCCCGAGCAUCCCAACAUUAAAGUAGAGCCCGACUCUAUGGACACCUACGGACCUGUCAUGGGUCUGGUACCUCAGAGCUGCACUAAAAUCAAGCACGAGGGGAACGUCUCGUGCAUGAUGUCAUACGAGCAGCAGCCCCGGUUGGCUAACUCCCCGCAGGCUCCGAUGGGCAGCCUGACACCGCCUCUCAGCCCGGACGACCUGAUGAGCUCCGAGUGCCAUCAGCCUCAGAUGUGCAACUCCACCUCGCUCAAGUUCCAGCAAAGUUUCCAGACUCAACACCGCUGCGCAACUGGGGGAUUCCCUCACGCACACGCCGGGAUGCAGCUGCCUUACCCCGGGGCGCACCACCAUCACCAGUUCCCCGGCAUGUUCGGGGAGGACGUGGCCAUGAGCCUGCAGCAGCAGCAGCCAGCGGCAGGACAGCGAGUCCUCCUCACCCCGCCGUCCUCCCCGCUGGAAAUGAUGGACGCCAAACCGAAGAGAGGUCGCCGGUCCUGGCCGAGGAAACGGACAGCAACGCACACGUGCACAUUCGCCGGCUGUGGGAAGACGUAUACUAAAAGCUCACACCUGAAGGCUCACCUUAGGACGCACACAGGAGAGAAACCGUACCACUGCAGCUGGGAGGGCUGCGGCUGGAAAUUCGCUCGUUCUGACGAGCUCACACGUCACUUCCGGAAGCACACCGGCCACAGGCCGUUCCAGUGUCACCUGUGCGAACGGGCUUUCUCCAGGUCUGACCACCUAGCUUUGCACAUGAAGAGGCAUAUGUGAGGAGGGUCCAGGAGAAUGAACAUGGAGCAGACAAGGACUUCUAUGCAACAAGAACUGUAAUAAGCCUGUGAUCAGCGAUAGAAGGAUGCUAUGCAAAUAUAUUCACACAAAAGUUCCUUAAAAAGUAUUUACAAGUGGUACAAAGAGAGCAUAAACAUCCACACAGCAUGAUGACACCACUAAUGACCACACUGUAAUACCUACUGGUUUAUUAUGGUGAUUUCUCUUUGGGUCACGGUAAUGCGCCCUCUGAUUAUAGUUUGUAAUAAAAUAUCCUUUUAAUAUUAUUAUUUUUUUAAAUAAACAACAAAGAUGCCAAAAUAACAAGAACAUACAGCCAGAGACGACAGAAACAGAUCCAUUCUGUUACGAUAAAAGUUGUUGUAUGUUAAAUGAUGUAGCUGGUACUACUUUGUAUAGAAUGCUGUUUAUAGACAACAACCUAAAGGAUCAUCACUCAACAUGUCAGGCACAUGAAGCAACUGGAAGAGGACCAUCUCUGAAAAAUAAUGAUUGUUCUGUCAUUUUAGCAUUAGUGCCUUUUAUAUUGCAUUAUUCUGAGUGCCAUAUUCUGAAGACAAUCAGCCUUUCUGUGUGUUUCUAUUGUGUUAACAGCACAUAAAAUAAGCUUUGAGACAAUGUUUGCUCUAAAACUGCCUUCAUCCUGUCUUCCUCGAACGUUUGAAAUGAAUGUUCUGUUGUCAUUCAAAUCAGGGUCUUAUACAGCUCUCAAAAAGUGCAUACCAUCUCAAUGCCAUGUGACAAAGGGCUAUAAAGUCUGUACAAAAAAAAACAUAUUUGUGUCUUGAAGAAAUGUACUGCCUUGUAAAUAAAAUGUUUUUACAUAAUGUAAAUAGUUUAUUUUAAUGUACAUAUUAAACUAAAUGAACAGUA